AUGGCGCUCGUGUCCACCGCCACCGUCGCGUCGUCGUCCUACCACUGCGACAUCCUCCUCUUCCCGAGGACCAGGAGGAGCUGGCGCGGGCCGAGGUGGAGCCGCGGCGGCGCCGGUGCGGGCGCGAGGCUACCGGUGCUGCAGCGAGCGGGCGGUGGGCUUGCGGUGCUGGAGCGAGCGGGCGCGGGCGCGGGGCCUGCGGUGCUGGAGCGAGCGGGGGCCACGGCGGCCGCGGCGAGAAGGGAGGAGCUGGUGCCCGCGGGGAAUGGCAGGAACUCGUACGAGGUGGAGUCGCUGAUCGACCGGCUGAGCAACCUGCCGCCGCGGGGCUCCAUCGCGCGCUGCCUCGAGACGGCGCGGCACCGGCUGACGCUGCAGGACUUCGCGGCCGUGUACCGCGAGUUCUCGCGACGCGGGGACUGGCAGCGCUCGCUCCGGCUCUUCAAGUACAUGCAGCGCCAGUCGUGGUGCCGCCCCGACGAGCACAUCCACGCUAUCGUCAUCGGCGUGCUCGGGCGCCAGGGCCCCGCGCUGCUCGACAAGUGCCUCGAGGUGUUCCACGACCUCCCCGCCGAGUCGCGCACCGCGCUCUCCUACACCUCCCUCAUCGCCGCCUACGCGCGCAACGCGCUGCACGAGGAGGCCCGCGCGCUGCUCGACCAGAUGAAGGCCGCGGGGGUCGCGCCCACCGCCGCCACCUACAACACCGUGCUCGCCGCCUGCGCCCGCGCCACCGACCCACCCGUCCCCUUCGACAUGCUCCUCGGCCUCUUCGCUGAGAUGCGGCACGACGCGUCCCCCUCCGUGCGCCCCGACCUCACCACCUACAACACCCUCCUCGCCGCCGCCGCCGUGCGCUCUCUGGCUGAUCAGUCUGAAAUGCUGCUGCGCACUAUGCUUGAGGCCGGCGUCUCCCCGGACACUGUAUCUUAUCGUUACAUUGUGGAUGCCUUUGCCAGCGCCGGCAACCUCUCCCGUGUAGCCGAGCUGUUCUCCGAAAUGGCUGCCAUGGGGAACACGGCGGAUGCCUCUGCGUAUCUAGGACUCAUGGAGGCACACACGCGUGUUGGCGCCACGGCUGAGGCAGUGGCUGUGCUGCGGCAGAUGCAGGCUGAUGGAUGUGCGCCAACAGCUGCCACUUACCGUGUCCUGCUCGAUCUUUAUGGAAGGCAGGGGCGGUUUGAUGGAGUGCGCGAACUCUUCCGUGAGAUGAGAACUGCUGUACCGCCAGACACGGCCACAUAUAAUGUGCUCUUCCGUGUAUACGGGGAUGGUGGCUUCUUCAAGGAGGUGGUGGAGCUCUUCCAUGAUAUGCUUGAAACUGGGGUAGAGCCUGAUAUGGUGACCUGCGAAAAUGUCAUGGCUGCCUGUGGUCGUGGUGGCCUCCAUAAGGAUGCAAGAGAAGUUCUUGAAUAUAUGACCAGAGAAGGAAUGGUACCUACUGCAGACGCCUACACUGGCCUGGUUGAGGCUCUUGGCCACGCGGCUAUGUAUGAGGAAGCCUAUGUUGCUUUCAACAUGAUGACCGAAAUCGGUAGCUUGCCAACUCUUGAGACCUACAAUGCUCUUGCGUUUGCAUAUGCUAGGGGUGGGCUCUUCCAGGAGGCUGAGGCCAUCUUUUCUCGGAUGAGUAACAAUGCUGGCAUUCAGAAAAACAAAGAUUCAUUUGAUGCCCUCAUCGAAGCAUAUUGCCAGGGCGCACAAUUGGAUGAUGCAGUGAAGGCGUACAUGGACAUGCGCAAAUCCAGGUUUAAUCCAGAUGAGCGGUCCCUUGAGGGGGUACUUAAUGCCUACUGCAUAGCAGGGGUCAUAGAUGAGAGUAAAGAACAGUUUGAAGAGCUUCAAUCUAGCGUGACUGUGCCCAGCAUCAUUGCCUAUUGCAUGAUGUUGUCACUAUAUGCUAGGAACGACAGGUGGUCUGAUGCGUAUGAUCUGCUGGAAGAAAUGAAAACAAAUCGUGCUAGUAGUACACAUCAAGUAAUUGCUUCCCUAAUCAAAGGGGAAUAUGAUGAUAGCUCCAACUGGCAAAUGGUUGAAUAUGCCCUCGAAAACAGUGCCAUGGAAGGCUGUGACUAUAGUUUACGAUUCUUCAACGCUCUCCUUGAUGUGCUUUGGUGGUUUGGUCAGAAGGGCCGAGCUGCAAGAAUUCUGGAUCAAGCAGUAAAAUUUGGGCUCUUCCCUGAGUUAUAUCGUGAUACCAAGCUCGUCUGGUCACUAGAUGUACAUAGGAUGUCUGUAGGUGGAGCACUGGUGGCUGUAUCAGUAUGGCUCAAUAAGCUUUAUGACAGACUAGUAGAAGAUGAAGAUCUUCCACAGUUAGCAUCUGUUGUUGUAUUGAGAGGUGAAAUGGAGAAAAGCACAAUUACAAGAGGACUGCCAACCGCCAAAGUUGUCUACUCCUUUCUAAAUGAUACACUAUCAGCAUCCUUCCACUUCCCAAAAUGGAACAAGGGACGAAUCAUAUGCUUGAAGUCCCAGUUGAAAAAGCUGCAGUCAGCCGUAGAUUCCUCAAAUGGAUCUCCUGCAGCUGGUUUUGUCCCCAUGACGAACUCCCCUUUGCCGUCUCCUGGUUCCAAGAUAUAUACAAGGGAGGACCAAUUGGAAAAUGGUACCGGCCAUUUGCCAGACGAACCGUUGGUAGAGGAAAAGGAGUCAGAGCUUCUCGCAUUGUCUCCGUCUCAGUACUAUGGCACAUCCAUUCGCAUUUUUGCAGAGCGCGGAUGGCUUCAGUUAUGCAUGGUCCUUGUGAAAAGAGUAUUCGAACCCGGGAGCCAGAGCGGCAGAGCCCAAGCUACCACCUACCAGAGGCUGGAAGCGACGGCGCCGCCGGAGAUGGAGAUGGAGACGGAGGCGGCGGCGGCGAGGCAGGCGAAGGAGUCCCUGGAGCUGGCGUUUCAGAUGUCCCAGAUCCUCGACACCGGCCUUGACCGCCACACCUUGUCUCUGCUCAUGGCGCUCUGCGACCGCGGCGCCAACCCCGAGGCCCUGGCCGCCCUCGUUCGCGAGCUCUCCUCCGCUGCUCCCCCAACCGCCGCAGCCGCAGCCGCCGCCGCGGUUUCCUCCCCCGUGAGCAACGGCGCCGCGGGGCCGGCCCCGGCAACUGCGUCGAUGUUCCCCUCCGGCCUUCGCCGUCCCUAG